AUGCCGGCAACACAGAACCGCGCCGCUGCAGUCCAGAUCCGCCUUCAGGUGGCGAUGGACUCGCCCAGCUUGAGUGACGAUGCCAAGCGCUUCCAUAUCGUCUGGCUGGCAAGGCAGAUGCGCAAGUGCUCGUGCCCGGGGAGGGUGUGCCACCAGACGAGGAGCGCCGCCUGGAAUCGACUGGUGCAGGCGCAGGCGCCCAACCGCGGCCUGCUGGCCCUGCCCAUCGAGGUGGAUGAGAACGUACACGCCGCUCCCUCACACGACUCGCAGCAGGAGGCAACCAAGAUGGUUGAGGCAGUUGCCAGUGGCCUCCUGCAGGCAUCCAGUCGAGAGAGAGGCGCCGCAUCCCCACGCUUGCUCCCACACAGGCGGAGCCAGAGGCAGGCUCUCAAAGGUAUGGCGGAUGCACUCAGCAGCAGCCGCACGCCUCCCGGGCGCCACGCCGCCGACGCACCUGAAGCAGGCGGCUGCUGCCGGGAGGCCACGCUGAGCCGCUCAGCGGCCAGGGGCGGCCCCUGGGCCGCGCUGCUGGCGGCGGCGGAGAGGGAGGAGCGCGCAGCAAACGGCGGCGUCCAGGGCGCCGGCCGCUGGCCGGUAGCCGAAGCGACGGCUGGCCGCGUCCCGCUGGGCCCGGCGGGCGGCUGGCAGGCCACGGCUGGCCUGUGCGCAAGCGGUGGCGGCAUGGGAGAGGGGUGGGGCGGCCGGGACACGGCCCCUGAUGACGGCGCCUCCCUCCCUCUCCGGCUCAUGCCGACAGCGCCGCCGGCCCCACUCCGCACCAGCAUGACGCGGCCCGGCCCCCUGGAGCCCAGCCAGCCCGGUACCGCACACCGGGAGAGCGCCGCGCCAGGGUCACCAGCCUUGGAGCGGGCGUGGGAGUGCAGCGCCCAGGCAGCCGCGGGGCCGACCACCGGCAGCGGCGGCGGCGCCUGGACCCUGGAAGCUCGCACCCCGACCGUGGGAGCGGAGCGGCAGCGCCGCCGCUCGGCAGCAGCCUGCGGCAGCCCCGGCCCGCCGCGCGCGGCUGCGGAGGAGCACGCCGCCGCCUGCCACGCGGCUGGCGGCAGCGGUGCAGCUGCGGCUGCUGCGGCGGCGCAGCGCCCGUGCUCCCGCGGCCAGCCCUGGCAGCUGCCGCCACUGGCACCCUGCGCCAUCGUGCCGCCCGGCCUGGACACCUUGUGCGGCUUGCCGCCGUUGGCAGAAGAGGACUGGCGCAGGCUCAGGAUGCGCGCGCCUUCCUGGCACGCUUCUGAUGUGGCGGCAGGCAGGCCGCCAUACUGGUACACACUGCUGAUUGGCGAAAUUUGGACGCAUAAUGCUACUCACCUCUUGCGCGAUUAUGAUCCCUCGGCUGCGAGUCACCUUCCGUCUGUUGCAUCACAGGCGGCUCUCGUCACAGCCAUGUCCCGCCAGCAGCUGAGCGUGAGCUUGGUGCAAAGCCCGGCCGGCGCCUGCAUCGCCUCUCUAUUCGAUGGGGUGGCCGAUGACGAGUUCAUAGAGUGGCUGCUGGAGGAUGGGGGAGGUGGUGUCACGUCGAUGGGCGCUGCGGACGAGGCGGCAUCCUUCUGCAGCGCCGCAGCGGCACCCCAGCGGCCGCACCCCGCAGCAGAACGCGGCAGCCCAGCACUCUGCUCUCUCGAUCGGCCCGGCGGCGCGGCAAGCCCCCGCGCCGCCGCCCCCGCGGCGCGGCCCCAGCAGCCGCAGCCCGCGGGCCGCCUGUCGCCGCCCGCCGGCGCCGCCUCCAGUGGGCCAGCCCUGGGCCCUCACACGCCGCCAAUGGCCGAGGACCUCGCAGCACAGAGCAGCGCCGACAUUGCCGCCUGGCUGGGUGGCUGGGCCUGGCUGGGAGGCGGCGAUGCUGAGCUGCCCAUGCGGAGCGGCCCCCCGCCGCCGCGCACGAUCAGGCAGCGCCAGCCGCCCCGCCAGCCAGGCGCCGCCGCCGCCGCCGCGGUCGCCGCCGCGCCGGGGCGGCCUCCGGCGGCGGCGCCGGCACCCGGGGCGCCCCGCCUGCCGGCGCCAGCCGGCAGCUCGGGCGCUGGCGCUGGUGCCCCACCCCUAGCACCGUGCCACGAUGCGCAGCCGCUGGGGAGCAAGCGCAGCGCCAGCCGGCGCCAGCGGGGCGCAAGCCCCGCGAGGAGCGGCACCAAGCAGGCAGGCGGCACGAGGAGCAGCGGGGGCGAGAGUGCGCACUCUGCGCAUGCGCCGCCCGCGCCCGCUCACAUCUCCGGCCGACUCAGCAGCUCGCAGCUGCUCCAGGCGCAGCUCGACGCCGACUCGCUUCUGCUCCGCCCCAGCAAGUCAGGGCCCCAGCUGUGCUGCCAAGUGUGCGGCACCGACCUGCGCAGCAGCAGAAUGUUCAACAUGCGCUUCCGCGUUUGCCCUGACCACGCCGCCGCCGAGUCGGUGGUUGUGGACGGCAUCCAGCAGCGCUUCUGCCAGCAGUGCGGCCGCUUCCACCGGGUGGAGCUGUUUGAUGCAUCCAUGCGCUCCUGUCGCGAGCAGCUGGCCAAGCACGCGGAGCGGCGGCGCCUGCGCCGCCGCAAGCAGUGGGCGGCGCAGCAGGCGGCGGCGGCCGCCGCCGCCGUGGCCGCCGCCGUCGCCUCGGGCGACGUCGCCCUGCCUGACCCCGAUCCAAGCCACGCAGCCUCGCUGGCCUCUGGGCAGCCCUUCUCGGCGGCUGCGGCGGCUGCGGCGGCGGGAUCUCUCACUCCCAGCUGGCUCACGGCAGGGGGGCUGGGGCCGGCGGGAGGCUCCCUGCCGCUGCCCACCGCCGGCGGCUCGCUCCCGCUGGCCUUCUCUAGUGGCGGCGCCACCGCCCCUCUGCUCGGCAGCAGCGGGGCGGGGUUUGGAGGAGGAGAGGGCGGCGGCGGCUACAAGCGUCGGCGCGGCGGCGGCGAGCGCGGCCCCGUGCAGCUGCGCCCGGCGGCAAGCGCGGGGGCGGGCGCCGUGGCGCACCCGCGCUGGCAGCAGCCGCCGCCGCGCAUGCUAGCGCAGCUGGGUGGAGAGUCGUGGCAGGCCCAGGUGGCGCACCUGCUGGAGCAGCAGCACUCCAACACCGCGCUCCCCGCCUGGCCGCCGCUGCCGGCGGGGCUGCAGCAGACUCUGGCGGCGGCGGGGGUGGGCCCCUCCGCGCACCCUUCACAGCAGCACCAGCAGCACCAGCUGCACCAGCACCAGCAGGGGCCGGCCGGGGAGCUGCCGCACGGCACCUCCACCUCAGCGCUGCCGCCCUGGCAGCCGCCGCCGCAGCAGCUGGCGUUGGGGCCCGGCGGCGGCGGCGCGGCGGCGCCGGGGCACGGCGGCCUGACCGCGCUGGAGGCUCUGGAGCUGCAGCAGUCUUCGUCGGCCUUCCCCCCCUGGCAGGCGGCGGCGGCGGCGGGGGGGCAUCAAAACGCGGGGCCGGGCGCGGCGGCGGCGUGGCGCGCGCAGGUGGACGCUUGCUUGCAGCAGCUGAUGCAGCUUGUGGAGCUGAUGCCUCGGGCGCUGGUGGAGGCGCACCUGCCCGCGCUGCUGCCGGUGGUGAUGCAGCUUGUGGGUGUGCUGGCGCCGCCAGGUCAGCAGGCGCCAGGUCAGCAGGCGCCGCCACUGCUGGUGCUGUCGGUGCCCAAGCCGGAACUCGAGGCGGGCGGGUGGCAGGCGCAGCAGGCGCAGCAGGCCGCCCAGCAGGCACAGCAGGCGCAGCAGGCCGCCCAGCAGGCACAGCAGGCGCAGCAGGCGGCACAGCAGGCGCAGCAGGCCGCCCAGCAGGCACAGCAGGCGCAGCAGGCCGCCCAGCAGGAAGCUCAGCAGCAGCAGCAGCAGCAGCAGCAGGCGCAGCAGCAGCCCCAUUUUUCGGUGCCUGGAAGCUACGGCGCGGAGCCCGCCCCCUCCUGGGCCGGCACCGAGGGGGAGCAGGCGCAGCAGGCGCAGCAGCAGGCGCAGCAGCAGGCGCCGCGCACCGGCGGCGACAGCGGCAGCGGCGCCGCCGCCGCCUCCCAGCGCUCUUCUGGAUCGCAGCACGGCCAGCUGCCGCCGUCCUGGCCGUCGGCGCCCCCCCUGCCAGCGGCGGCGGCUGUGGAGCCGCCCGGCGGUGGCGGCGGCGGCGCCGCAGUGCUGCUGGCCGCGGUGGCGGCGCGGGCGGCGAGCAGCGGCGGCGCGCCGCCGCCCGCUGCCCCCCAGCAGCCCCAGCCCCAGCAGCAGCAGCAGCAGCAGCCGCCUCAGCUGCAGCAGCAGCACCAGGGGCCGUCCGGCUCGCUGGGCCAGCUGCAGGCGGCGGCGGGCGCCAGGUCAGAGGAAGGUGGGCUGCUGGGGCGUCGCGAGAACGGCGCCUUCUCGCCUCCGGCGCCGGCGGGCAGCCUGGGCGCGCCGCCACCACGCCCCGCAGCCAGCGCGCCGCCCCCGGCCGCACCGGCGCUGCAGCCCGGCAGCCAGCCCGCGGCGUCGGCGCCUGGGGCCUGGCCCGGCGCUGGCGGCGGCAGCGGCGGCGCGCCGCCCGGCGGCCUGGGAGGCCCCGGGGACGCGUCUCUGCUGCCGCAGCAGCUGCUUGCCGCGCUGGGGGGCGGCCAGCUGCCGGCCUCGCUCCUGCAGCUGCCCUCCCUCCCUGCGGCGCAGCAGGGCCAGCUGGAUGUGCCCCGCCUGCUGGCAGACUGCCUGUCGCUGCUCAACAGCCAGCCCGCGGCGGCGCCGCCGCCCGGCGACGCGCAGGCCGCGCUGCAGCAGCUGCUGGCGGGGCAGGGGGGGCUGUGGGGCGCGCAGCAGGCGCAGCAGCAGGCGCAGCAGCACGCCCAGCAGCAGGCGCAGCAGCAGGCGCAGCAGCACGCCCAGCAGCAGGCACAGCAGCAGGCGCAGCAGCACGCGCAGCAGCACGCCCAGCAGGCGGCGCAGCAAGCGCAGCAGCAGGCGCAGCAGCAGGCGCAGCAGCACGCCCAGCAGCAGGCGAGCGCCCAGGUGCUGCUCUCCUCGCUGCUCCAACAGCCUCUGGCGCCGCAGCAGGCGCAGGCGCAGCAGGCACCGCAGCACGCACAGCACUCCCACCAGCAGCAGCAGGCCCAGCAGGCGCAGCAGCAGCAGCAGCAGUGGGGCAUGGACACCCUUCAGCACCUGCUGGCCUCGGUGCCGCUGCUGCAGCAGCCGCCGCCGCUGCCCGGCCAGCCUCAGGCACCGCGCUGA